GCUUGCAUGGGGUUAUGAGGUUGUAUUAGUGGCGCAGCGCAUCGCGCCUAGACAUUUAUAUGAGUGACGCAGAAGCACAGCCGCAAUCAGGGGAACUCAUCCCAAUUAUACAUAAAGACCUAAUCAACCUGAUAACGUGAACACCGGAGCAAUACGUGCUCAUCGCAUGGUAACGACCAGUUAUCCUAAGGAAAGGAGGGAAAGAAAAAGAGAGAGAAAAAACAAAAAACAAUCCUCACGGAAAUAUUAUUCUCAUGCAGAAGCGAAGAUCUCAUAAGAAAUCCCGUAACGGUUGCCAGAAUUGCAAGAAAUGGCAUACAAAAUGCGACGAGCAAGGCCCACCUUGCAAUAACUGCAUACUCCGGAAGGCCAAUUGCGUCUACUCCCGGCCUAGAGCCGAAGCUUCCAAUGACGGAAACUUUCUACCCACGCGGCCCAGAUCUAGCGCUUUAACAAAAUAUCCUAAUAGUAUCGAGCGUCCGCGCGGUGAUCUAGGGGCACUAUGUGCGGCUUACGGUGGCCCUACCAGACUACUAGAGCUCGAGUUGAUGAACCAGUGGUCAACGCACACAUAUAAGUCAUUCUGUAGCAUGCAGGAGGACGUGGAUUACUUACAAGCUACCUUACCACGGUCGGCCCUCAACUACGACUUCAUGCUGAACUGCCUAUUUGCUAUGUCAUCGUUGCAGAUAGCGAGGACUGUUGGGGAAGCCAAUUCCAGGAAGUACGUCCAUGCGGCACUUGAAUACUACAAUAGAGGUAGCACGUCAUUUCGCUUUCACCUUGGGAAUAUGAACGCCGAGAAUUGCGACGUUCUAUAUAUGUUCUCUGCAAUAUCCAUCGCUGUUCAUCUCUCCAUACCUCAGCAAUCUACGAGCAUGCUCGAUCUCGCAGCAGUAGCUUUCGACCUAGUCAACGGGAGUACCAGCAUUAGCAUUCUAGGGCUGCCGUGGCUUCUCAGUAGUGCAUUUCCCUUACGCAUAAUGUUAAGCCGCAUGGGCGCAUCGAAAGAUCUGAUAGAUCCAGAUGCUCGAGCCGCCUUGGACAGGCUGAACGCGCUCAACGAUCAGCGCCACGCAAGUACGCCCAAGCCGAUAGACAGCAUCGAAGAGGAGGGUACUAUCCUUAUAAUCCACGACCACGAGCUGUACCAAGCAGCGAUCCAAAGUCUAGAAUUAUGCUACGCCGAGGAAGCGGCAGGACAGCUUGAGGGAUUCGGAUCCGGAUUCCCCGGACAUACAGGGAAAAAAUUCUCAUCGCUUGUUGGAAGACGCGAUCCGUUCGCAUUGCUCAUCGUACUGCACUGGACGAUAUUGUUGAACGAACUCAACAGCCGGUUCUGGUGGUUGCAGUCAAUAGCCGCGCCACUUGGCCAAGACAUUGCAGAUUUCCUAAGGACGAAGCACCCUAGUCUGGCUAUGGAAUGGGCCGAUGCUAUCUCGUGGGCUUUGGGUCGACUGGGCUUGCUAAAGUCCCGGUCGCUAGAGCUGUCAUAUAACCAAGAGUCGGAAUGGGGACAAACAGACAGGGCGUCAUCCCAGCCCAUAAUGCAAUUUAGCAGAAUCACCUUUACAUAGCAAUUUCUCGGAAGCUCAAACGAAUAGCUAUAUCUCAGCUAUCAUAAGCUCUCCCCUUACCCAUUCAAACGUCGCUUUUGCCCUAUCUCUUUGCUUUGGAAUUACUCGACACUCAUAUUAACUGCUAGUAAUUCAUCUAGUAACGACCCAACGCAUAUAAACCA